AUGAUGCAAUCGCCAAUAAGGAUAACUGUACUACUCUAUCUUUCAUUACUGCUCGUCAUCACUACAGUAGUAGCAGAAGCAGCAACUAAUGAUGAUAAUGACUACUCCUCCUCCUCCUCCUCCUCCUUUGGACUCGCCGCCUAUCUUCCUGACUAUCGCCCAUAUGAAACGAUUGUAAAUGCGUCGGCACCUCACUUGACCGAUUUGAUAUUAUUUUCCAUUCAACCGCAUAAAAGUGGCAUGAUUACUACUGAAAAAGACCUUAUUUGUUGUUUACAAGAAGAAGCCCAUUACAAAGUAGCCCAACAGGCCAAACAGAAUGGUGAUGAUGAUGAUGAUGAUGAUGAUGAUGAUGAUGAUGAUGACAGUAAUUAUAAACUCUGGGUGACGAUCGGUGGUGCAGGUCGGGCGGAUGCCAUUCCAGCAAUUACCAAAAGUCCCACCAAACGAAAACGAUUGAUUCAUGGCAUGAUGGACUUGGCUUCCAAAUAUGACAUUGAUGGAAUUGACUUGGACAUUUACUAUCCCACGUCGAAAGAAGAAUUACAAAACUAUGUCACCUUUGUCCAAGAAGCUUCGCAAGUUUGGCAUCACCAUCAUCCUCAUCAUCAUCAUCAUCCAGCUGGGUUAUUAGUCAGUGUCACUUGGCAUCCGCAUCGACUCCCAUUACCACAACGUAUUUUUGAACUAGUGGAUCGAGUCCAUGUAAUGGCCUAUGAUAUGAUUCAAAAGGUGGGAGAUUAUCAUUCGACCUUGCAUGAUAGUCAACAAGCCGUUCAAUCAUUAUUGAAACAACACGGGUGUGAGGCACACAAGAUUUGGUUGGGAAUACCAAUGUACGGCCGCAAAUUGGACAAUCCAGGAGACGCUCAAGCCUUUGGAGACCUGUGGACCAGUUAUCGGCAGCAGCAAGAAAAGAAUCCAAUCGACGACGACGACAACACAAUGGCUUUGAAUGGGACUCUCCAGAUCGAAUUCGUGCCAAGAUGGACUAUGCCUUUGCCCAACACUUGGGAGGUGUCUUUUUCUGGGAAUUGGGACACGAUUACUACCACCACCACCAGCAGGAUCAGGACCCGCCAUCAGUGGCACAAGGUGGUGGGGGGCUCUUGUUGCAAGUGGCUUCUCAACAUCGAAACAAAAUUUUAG